UUUUGGAUUGGGAUAAAAAAACAAAAAAAAAGAAAAAAGAAAAAUUUGUGAUUGACUGAUUUCAUACUGAAAAGAGUUCAUAGGCUGAGGUGAGGGGGAGGAGAGAGCUCAAUCAAAAUUCUCACAUCAACUACUGCGAUUGAAAAAAACUCUCUGACAGCUCGCUGAUUCGAUCUUUGAUUGGAAGUACACGAAAAUGGUUACUGAUGGUAGUCCUUGGUUAUCUUGGUGGGCAUGCCUAUGCGUUGCCUUUCUCUCGUCGUUCGUUUCGAUCCUUGUCACUGUUUUUGUUAUGAAGAAAAGAAGCAGAAGUACUGCAGAAUCUGCAGCUACUACUUCUAAUGAUGCGUUCUCCAGUGGCACUGGUGGUGGCUGCAGAGUCGAGGCCUCAUGCUCGUCCUCGGUCAGUGGCCAACCGGGAUAUGAGUACGACGUCUUCCUGAGCUUCAGGGGAGAAGAUACUCGCAAGGGAUUCACUGAUGGCCUCUACACUGCCCUUGAAGGUGCUAGGAUCCGCGUCUUCAGGGACAAUGAGAGGCUCGGCAUCGGCAAGGAAAUUGGUCCUGAACUUCUGCAGGGUAUCAAGCGGUCUAGCAUCUCCAUCCCCAUCUUCUCUGAAAACUAUGCAUCAAGUAAGUGGUGCCUCAAAGAGUUUGCCUUCAUGAUGGAGUGCAGGGAAGCAAGGCAGCAGAUCGUGCUUCCCAUCUUCUACGAUGUCACGCCAAACGAAGUCCAACACCAGACCGGAAGUUACGCCAAAGCCUUUCGGCAGCACACCAAAAAGCAGGACCCUAGGACUGUUCAAAGGUGGAGGAGAGCACUUGCAGAGGUUGGAUCUUUGAAGGGUUGGGAAUUAAAGAACGAGACUAAUGGACAUCAAGGAAAAUUGAUUAAGAUGAUAGUCACAAAGGUUUUGAGGAAGUUGAAGAAUGCUCACCUUUGUGUCAAUAACAAGUUAGUAGGGAUCGACAAUCACAUGAAAGCAGUCAUGAGAAUGCUGAGUGUCGAUGCGCCAGAUGUGAGGUUUAUUGGUAUUUGGGGCAUGGGGGGCAUUGGAAAGACGACACUUGCUAAGGUCAUCUAUAACCAGAUAUUGGAUGAUUUUGACAGUUGCAGCUUCCUACAAGAUGUACGAGAAACAUCUGGGCGCAGUCACAAUGGUCUUCGGCAAUUGCAAAGUCAACUUGUUACUGACCUCUUGAAGUGUGACCGCUUGGAGUUUGCUUCCAUUGAUGAAGGAAUAAGUGUACUCAAGCGUAGGUUUCGUGAGAUGAAGGUCCUCAUUCUUCUCGAUGAUGUUGAUAGUGUUUAUCAACUCAAUGCACUGGCUGCGGAACUUGACUGGUUCGGCCAAGGGAGUAGAAUCAUCAUCACCACUAGAAACAAGGGCGCUUUAGAAGUCCCUCAAGAGCAUCAGGUCUAUGAAGUAAAGGAAAUGCAACAAGAGCAGGCCCUCCAACUAUUUUGCAAGCAUGCCUUGAGGAGAGAUGCUCCCACGGUUAGACUGAGAGCUCUAUCAGAAGAAAUUGUCAGAAGAACGGGAGGUCUUCCUCUAGCUCUUGAAGUUAUUGGCUCUUUUUUGCAUGGGAAAAGUGAGGAUACGUGGAAGGCAACAUCACAGAAGUUGAAGAUAGUGCCAAAUAACGAAGUCGAACACAAGUUGAGGAUUAGCUAUGAUGCAUUACAGCACGAACAGCAACAAAUGUUUUUAGAUAUUGCAUGCCUUUUCAGCGGGGAAGAUAAAAAGACCGUAGCUCACAUGUGGGAAGAUCAGUAUAAAUUUUCUCCGGAAGCUGAUAUUGAAGUCCUCCAACUAUUGUCUCUUAUUAAGAUUGGAGAGGACAAUAUGCUACGGUUGCAUGAUCAGCUUCGAGAUCUUGGUAGGGGAAUUGUUCGGCAAGAAAACCUUAAAGAACCAGGGAAGCGGAGUAGGUUGUGGGGCGAUGAAGCAAUUGAUGUGCUGUUGAACAAUCAGGUAAAACAUAUUUUCUUCUUUUUCCAUCUUUGGUCGUACAAAAGGCUAUUGUGUUGUUAGACAGAUAAAAGAAAUGGAAUUCUUUAUGCAAAGUUUCUUUUCUUUCUUUCUUUUAUCUUUUUG